AUGCUUCGCAUCAGCACCCCACGAUUAGAUGGCCCCAUGGUAACGGGAGGCCCAGUUAAGGGUUUACAGGGUCGCAUGCGUAGCCUAAUUAAACCUAGCGUAGCGGAGCAUGUUUUGCGGGACGUAGCGGUGGUACGUCAGCGUUUCGCAGAGUUGACAGACGCAGGCGUGGAGGAUCCGGCUUCCACAUACAAACCGUCGAUUCCGCGUCCGUGGGUGAAGGCGCCUCUUUCUCGACUUUCCACCUCCGUUUCGAGGAGAGAUUGGUUCCGCAUCAUGCAGUUCAACAUCAUGGCAGACGCUUGGAGUAACGGAGGCACUACAGUGGAGAGAACGACGCCUGUACACGGUGUCCUGCCGUGGGUCCCCGGUUUCACGCGACGCGGAACGGACCCUUGUGGGUUCUACCCGUACGACCAUAGUGUGGAUGAGGAGGUCCCGCCUUUUUUGCAAGAGGACAUUAGGCGGGCCUACAUUGUGAAUGAGAUUUGCUAUUAUGAUCCCGAUAUUGUUUGCUUACAGGAGGUCAACAGAUCUUUUUUUAACGAAACCUUUUCUAAAUACAUUCGGUAUCGUGGUUACGGCACGUUGUAUCAAUCAAGUCGCGGAUAUAAGGUGCGGGCCCUGCGUAGAGGCGAUGACCCAACGCUGCUGCGCCACAAAGGAAAAAUCGAAGAGAGGGAGGACAUUGGAAAUGUGAUCCUUUUCCACAAGGGACGCUUCGUACCCAUUUUGAUGCCGGGUAAAGAUCUUGUGCAGCAUUUACACUUUGCUCACAUUGUUGCCAUGCGGGAUAGGGUCACCAACAUGACACUGAAUGUAGCAUGCGCACAGUUUACCGCUGGAGAUUCCGCUGAGGCAUCGGAGAUACGCCUGCACGAAGCAAGGCAGACAAUGCAGAUACUCGAUGCUCUGAACCGAAACGACACAGAUCGCUCACAUAUGAGUAAUGUUAUAUGUGGGGACUUUAACAACGUUGAGGACGAAGAGCCGUGCGUGCAGUUUAUGAGGGAGCGUUUGUUUUCCACAUACGACGUGGUGGGCGGCCCGCGGUGGACCACCUGGUUUCAUGAAGAUGCCCAAAGUAAUGCUCGGUAUCAAAAGUAUUAUUCCUGCAACCGUGCUGGAUACUUCGCCACUAAUGCAGCAAAGCGAGCUGAGCAGGAAGUAGCGAAGUUUACGUGGUUACGAAGUGGUGGUCUCAAUGGUCGACGCCAAGAUGUCAGCGGCGGCGAUUCCGCUCCACCCGGGACACGCAGUGCAACAAUCUCAUCACUCGAUAAAGUGGUUGGUGCUAACGAACCUAACACUGCGGCGCGCACACUCGAGCGGGGUGGCACAUGUGGAGAUGUGUUGGUUGAACAAAAGCAGGCCCUGAAAGCAGAUGGUAUUAUUAGGCGCACUCAAGACUUUGUGCUGUACGACCCCAAAACACUCGCACUUCACCAGGUUUUAGACGUUCCGGAGGAUGAGCACAUCGAUAGUCAGCAGCUGCUUCCGUGCAGUGGCCAUCCUUCGCAUCACCUUCAUCUAGUCGUUGAUGUCUCCUUCACAGAUGUUUGCCCCGACGUGGGGGAAAUAUCUAUAAAGGAUUGA